GUAACCGUAUUUCGACUUAUUGAUGAGGCACAUGAUGCAAAUAUCAAUGAAAGAGAAAUAUUACAAGAGAACAUAUCUGAUGAAAACUCGAUUUCCAAUAUCAAUGGUGAUAUUGAAUUUGAUAAUGUUAGUUUUUCUUAUCCAUCUAGAGAAAAUGCAACAGCCUUGAAUAAUCUUAAAUUAGUUGCUCGUGCUAAUCAAACAACUGCUCUUGUAGGUUCAAGUGGUUGUGGAAAAAGUACAUGUGUAUCACUUCUUCUUCGCUAUUAUGAACCUUCUUCAGGUAGAAUUAUGAUUGAUGGUCAAUCAAUUACAGAUUAUAAAAUCAAACAAUUUCGUCAAAAUAUUGGAGUUGUUAGUCAAGAACCUAUUUUAUUUGGAAUAAGUAUUUAUGAAAAUAUUCGUUUUGGUAAAUUGAAUGCAACACGUGCAGAGAUUGAAAAUGCAGCAGAACACGCUAAUGCACAUAAAUUCAUUAUGAAAUUACCAAAUAAAUAUGAAACACUUGUUGGGGAACGUGGUAUACAAUUGAGUGGUGGUGAAAAACAACGUAUUGCAUUAGCUCGUGCACUUGUCAAACAACCCAACAUUCUUUUGUUAGAUGAAGCAACAAGUGCACUUGAUAAUGUUAGUGAAAAAAUUGUUCAAGAAGCACUUGAUCGAGCAUGCAAAAAUCGUACAACUAUAGUUAUUGCUCAUCGUUUAACUACAAUUCAAAAUGCUGAUUAUAUUUAUGUAUUAGAUAAAGGAAGUGUGAUUGAAGAAGGUACACAUGAAACAUUAUUGGCAAAAGAAGGAGGUAAAUAUCAAACAAUGAUUAAAAUGCAACAAUCUGAAAAAACGAUUGGUACACAUGAUGGCUUAAUGAAUAUGGCAAAAGCAGUAGCUGAAGAUGAAGAACAACUAUUGGAACGUGUUCGUCAAUUGAGUGAGAGCGAAACAAUUGAUACAAAUCGGAGAGCUUCGACAGCAGCAAGAGAAAAAUCUGUCCUUCUAAGACUUAUGAAGAUGAAUAGUCCUGAAUGGAUGUUUAUCUUGAUUGGUUGUUUAGCAUGCUUACUUGGUGGAUUACGUGGACCAGUGUUCUCGAUUCUAUUCGCAACAAUAAUCAACGAAUUUAAUGAUUGUAAAUACGAUGAUGUACGUCGUCGAGUGAUGAUUACAAGUGGUUUAUUUCUUAUUACUGGCGCUGUUUUUCUGGUUCUUCAUUUUUUUCAAGUAAC